GGAAGCCUACCGCCGUUCCUGUGGGAACGACAUCCGGGUAAUAUGAGAAUGAGAGAGAAAUAGGGGGAUUGAAGCCGAAGGCAGUUAAUCAAAAUGCCUGAGGAGAUGGCGGAUGGUGGGAGAAAGCUUGUAACGCUCGACGACCUCAUCGAUGCCCUGGAUAAGCGCGAGAGGGCGCCGAGCAAUGUUCCGAAGGUUGAUACUUUCCACUUCAAGGGAGAACGGAUGUCCGACUGGCUGGACCUGACGGAGCAAGCACUGGUGGGGCUGUCGGACGAGGUCAAGCUUCAGCGAGUCUUAAGAUAUGUCCUUCAUAGCCACCAUCAGGAAGUGGGCAAGGUCGUGGAUGCCGCCAAUGGUAGUUGGGCGAGGUUCAGGGACAUGAUGCAGAGAAAGUACAGGAAGGAGGUGGUGAAGGUUCCGGAGGAAGAGGAAAAGGAUGACGAUGAAGAGGAUGAGAGGCUCCGACAAGAGGAGGAUCAGCGGGCGGAGCUGAGGGCCAAAAAGAGGGGGGCCCAGGAGGAGGCCGAGCCAAGCGUGCCUGACAGCGUGCCUAAGAGGAAGAAGUACGCGGUCCGGAUGGAGGAAGGCUUUGAUGUGGAGCGGAUGGUGGACAAGCUCCUGGAAGGCCACAAUGACUUGAUGAACCUAAAGGACAUCCUGGCUUCGGCGCCAAGCCUCCAUGGUGAGUUGAAGGGACGACUGUCGCGAAGGUUGGUGCCAAAUGUCCAUCUGAGUACGGUCCUGCCUAGAGAGGUAGAGUGGACUGAGGCAGGGACAAGGAUGGAUUGGAAAUGUGUGGCGUGCGGGCAGGUGGAUUUGGUGAUAAGGAACCUGAAGUGUACUGGGAUGGUGGACAAGGGUGCAGAGAUGAACAUCAUCAGGGAAAAUGAGGCAGUGAUGAUAGGCAUGGAGAUCGACCGCUCGAACCAUGGCGUGUUGCACGGCGCUAACUGCAAGGCCGCCUUUUGCGGCACAACGUCAAAUGUGAUUAUAGAGAUUGGGAAGGACUUGCAACAGCUAAAUGCAGUGACAGUGCAGGACGCGGGGGGAUUGCCGAACGCGGACGCAUUGUCAGAAUCGUGCGCAGGGAGGCCUAUAAUCUCGCUUAUAGACCUCUACUCGGGGUAUGACCAAUUCCCCAUAUACCCGCCAGACAGACCCGUAACGGCAAUGCACACUCCUAGAGGGCUGAUUCAUAUGAACGUGGCGCCUCAAGGUUGGAUGAAUGCAGUGGCGAUGGUGCAAAGGUAUAUGAUCAGAGCCAUGCAGACGGUCAGCCCACAUAUCACUCAGCCCUAUAUCGAUGACCUGGCAGUCAAAGGUCCGAAGGAGAAGGAGGAAGAUGAAGUGAUGCCCGGUGUGCGACGCUUUGUCUGGAAGCAUGUCCAAGACAUUGAUCAGGUUCUGGAGUUAUUGGGGGAACAUAACCUGACGGCGAGCGGCCCCAAGUCGAAACAUUGUAUGAGGGAGGCCACGAUUCUAGGCUUUGUCUGUAAUGAGAGUGGGCGAAGACCUGAUGUAAAGAAGACAGACAAGAUUCUUGAGUGGCCGGUGCCCUUCCGCUCGAUAGCAGAUGUGAGGAGUUUCCUUGGGACGUGCGGAUUUUGGAGGAGCUUCGUGAAGGACUUUGCCACGAAGACGGAGCAUUUAAGGAAGUUGGUGCGCCAAGAUCAAGAAUGGGUCUGGGGCGAAGACCAGGAAGAGGCGGUCGGUAGGAUAAAGGGAGAGUUUAAGGAAGGAGGCUUGGUAUUGGGAGCGCCAAACUAUGAGGCCACGGAGGAAAGACCAUUCGUCAUUGAGACGGACGCUGGGCCAACUGCCCUGGGAGGGGUCCUGAUUCAGGCAGAUACAGAGGGGAAGGAGAGGCCGCUAAGAUUCGAAAGUCGUACCCUCAAUACAACUAAGAGGAACUACUCUCAGUUCAAGAAGGAGACGCUGGCGGUACUUCAUUGCCUAAGGACCUUCCAGAACUAUGUUUUUGGCAGGAGGCUCAUCUUGAGGGUGGACCCUACUGCACUGGCAUGUUCCCUGAAGAAUUAUACUCUAUCUGAUCCAACCGUCGCAAGAUGGUUGACCUACAUUUGGAUGUUUAAUUUCGAGCUGGAAAGGAUCCCAGGGAACAAGAACAGGGCAGAUGGGUUAAGCCGCAUCAACUGGGACGGAUCGGACGAGGAAUCGAUAGAAGACACGCCGCCAGUUGAUGGGUUUUUCGAUCAAGAGGAGGACGUCCACCUGCACAUAAACGAAUGGUCCCUGCGAUUGCCUAGUUGCGUCAGUCAUCCCAUAUGGCUGGCACCAAAGGGGUACGAGCAGAAGGAAGAGUUAGUCCUCAAGCCCUUUCAUGAGGAGGAUCCGUGGGGAAGUAAGGAUGUUGGUUGGAUGAUGAAGUUGGCGUUGGCAGACGACGAAUUCAAGGAAGGAGAAAUCAAGGAGGCGUUUCAGGCGGAGGAGUACGAUGGGAUCUACCGGGAAUUGGGGUUGCUCCUAUCAUGUGAGAUGAGGGAUAGAGAUGCAAGUGCCAAGGCACAGAAGAUGAGGCACCUCUAUGUGAUGCUGAGGGCUUCGCCGAUGGGACCGGAUGGAUUGCCUAUUCGAUUGGAGGAAGGCAAUGCGGAGGAGUUCAUCCCGGCCUAUGAGCAGUAUAUGCGCGACCAGGGGACUGGGCAGGAGGAGUGGAUGCAGAUGCUGCCCCUCUGGACACGGAGGGCGGAGAGGUCGUUGGCGAGGCAGGCCGCGGGGCCAGCUCAGGCGGCGGAGCUACCCGCUACCUAUGGACUCGAGCAGGUGGAGUUUCGCCGAAUCAUGGGCAGUGAUCUACGGGGCCCGUCGCCGACGUUACCAGAGGGGGGAGAAGCGGUGCCGUUGAGGACGCAACUCGACAGGUUGGAGGCUCAUCUCGAUGCGUCCCAGUGGGGGGCGUCACAGCUGGGGGCGGACCAGAGCAGACCGGCACGGUAUGAGCCAGUAGAGGAUGAGCCAGAGGAGGAGCCACCUGAGUCGGGGCCUGAGACGGGGUCUCGCGAACCCGAGGAGCCGCAGACUGAGGGGUUUAUCACUAUUGGGGAUGAUACCCCUCCUCCUACCCCGAUGCCAGAACAGGCGCGGCAGUAUUGGCUUGAAGGAAUUCAUGAACCGGACAGCGAGGAGAUGUUGGGGCCCCCACCGGAAGCUACUACGCCACCCCCGACACAGGCGGAGCCAGAUGGGGGCGAGAGGGCGAGGACACCUACUACUGUGGCGCCGCAACUAACUGAGUCUACAUGUGCAUGCAUGGAUGUGGAGGUGCCGACAUCCGGGGAGCCUCCGCCAGGGACGCCACCCGUAGAAGAGGGGACAAGUGCGAGAGAUCCACUGCGAGAGGGUCACGAGGCGAGGACAGGGAGGCUGCCGGGGGAGACGAAAGAAGAGAAACGCGCGAGGGUGCAGGUACGCCUCGAAGAGCUAUACCACGAAAAGCUUAGGAUGGAGGUCGCAGGAGAAGCGCCAAAGCCGCCAAUUGACCCUCCGACGAGCGAGCAGAGGAUUAGUGAGGCUUGGGCCAGCUAUGAGAGCGAGAGGGAUGCGGCUCGCCUGAGGUCGCGAGAGUUGUCCACCCAACUGGCAGAAGAGAGGGCAGAAAAUCAAGCAUGGAGGUCCCGUAUGGAAGUUAAGGAAGCGGAAUGGGAGAAGAGGCUCCGGGACAUGGCGGCGAUGGUGGAGAGGCUCUCGGCCACUAAGGUGGUCGACUGGAUGGAGCAAAGCCGGUAUGGUAUCCAGGGGGAGGAGGUACAGGGGCUCUUUGGCUGGGAAAGGACGACAGAGCCACCUCAGCAAGGAGGUAUGGGGAAGAUAUUUUUGGACCCAAUAGAGGCGGCAGCACGGCGGGAGGCCGAGGAGGAGAGGUUCAGCUUCAGGACGCCAACGGAGUUGGCCUCGCAACAGGCCACCCCUAUGACGAUUGAGAUCCCUGAGGGCGAGCCGGCGCAGGGACCCCAACCUCCAUUGGAGGAAGGGGGCCCCACAGAGGAGUCCCCUACGAUCCUUUUGGAGGUGCAGGAGGGUGCCCUUACGGGAGCAGCAGCAUCCACUGAGCCGGAGGCAAUGGGGGGAGAGGCGUCUCGACUGGAUGAGUUAGUGGUCGCUAUGGAGUUGGACAUGCCGUCAGGAGAGCCUCAGAGAUAGAAGACCCAAGAGCGUGUGCCAGAGAUAGGGGAGCUGAGGACGCAGUUAGGCUCUUGGGCUACUGGAGCUGAC